CCCCCACCCCUUCCCCUGGCUAUAUACGCUCUAACCUAUUUCAAUGGCUAACACUGUGUUCGCAUGAAUAGCGAUAACGAUUAAUUUUAAGUGCCGAUCACAACGACAAAAGACGAACGACGACGUUGCAAUUGUUUCGUUCAAGUGCAACGAUAAAUAAAUAAAUAAAUAAAAAAAAAUCGAAUCAGCCAAACAAACAAUAAAAUCAAAAAGUUGAAAGUUAAUGAUUAACGUUUUGCAAGAAACGACAAACGACAACAAUUAAGCUACAAAAAUAAUACACAAAAUGAUUAAAUUGAAAUCAUUAUUUCGCAGAGGACAAGGAACCUCGAGUUCUGCCUCCUCCAACAACUCAUCGCACAAGCAACAGCAGCAGCAACAACAGCAGCAGCAGCAACAACAACAACAACAACAAAAUUCCAACAACAAUCGACAAAAAUCGCAGUCCAGCACAUCACUUAAUACGGCGCAUGAGCAGCCACUGCAGCAACAACAGCAGCUUAACAACCCUGCAGCGACAACAACAACAAAAUUUUAUUCAAACAACGACGCGACUUACGAGCGAGGCGUCGAUGUGGGCGACGAGGCUGCAUUGCUGCUGACAACACAACAGCAGCAGCGACGCCAGCAACAGCAGCAGCAACAACAACAACAGUUGCUGAGCAAUACGCUGCCGGCAAAGAAAUCUAAAUUUAAAGGACAAAAGCAGCCAAAGCAAAUACCGCAACAACAACAACAACAUCAACCGCAGCAGCAACAACAACAACAAUUGAUGACGUCGAUUGCAGCGGUGCCAACACCAGCAACAAACAACAGCAACAAUAAUAACAAUAGCAGCAAUAGCGCAUUGGCCGCAUUGCAAGAUGGCAGCGUUGCUGCCGCUGCCGCUGCUGAUUUUUACCAGCAAUUAGCAGCAGCAGCAGCAACAACAACAAACACGAGCGCAACAGGCAACGGCAGCAGCAACAACAGCAGCGCAGCAGCUGCAGCAGCAGCAGUUGCUGUCGCAGCUGUUGCCGCAAGCAGCUAUCAACAACAGCAGCAACAGCAACAACAGCAGCAGCAACAACAGCAGCAGCAGCAGCAGCAAGAACAGCAGCAGCAGCUGCAAAUCAUCAACAACGAGCAACAGCAGCAGCAACUGUUCGAGGCUAACAAUAAAAUGCAGGAGCUGCAUACACAGCUGGAGCGAUUGGGACGCGAGCAACUGCAGCUGGAGACGCGCAUCGUGGAGCUGCUGCCAUACCAAAGCGAGGUGACCAAAUUGAAGGGCGAUCUGCUCAAGAUGCAGAAUCAACAGGAGAAAACACAAAUGGAAAUUGGCAAUUUGAAAUAUGAAAAUGAAUCUUUGCGCAAUCGUUUGCGGGACGUUGUCAAUUCGCCAUUGUCGGACGCGGAGAAGCAUCAGAUUAUACAAGAUUCACAGCGCUUGCAUAGCUCAGCGCCCGCCUCCAUAGCAUUGCCCAAUAUAAACGAAUCGGCGCAUGAUGGUACGCCAUGUCUUACGCCGGACUGGGACAAGCAGUCGUCGUCAAGUGAAAUUUCAGUAGCUUGCCUGCAAGAUAAGAUCAUACAAAUGGAGGAGACGCACUACUCGACAAAUGAGGAACUGCAGGCGACACUCCAAGAGCUGGCCGAUCUGCAGACCCAGCUGAGUGACACCCAAACGGAGAACGAACGCCUCUCCGAGGAGAAGGAUGUGCUCUUUCAGUCGCUGUGCCGCCAAACCGAGAAGCUCAACGAGUCGCGUACACAGAUCAGCACAUUGCAGGAGCUGUUGCUGCGUGACACCAAGCAACCGGCGGCGGCAGCCGCCGAGGUCAUCACCACGGAGCGUGAGAAGAAGCUGCUCGAUUUGAUACAGACAUCGCAAGAGGAACGGGAAGUGUUCAUGCUCAAGCAGGAGGAGCUUAACGCUGAACUGGCUGAAUUGCGGCAAUCGCGCGAUGCGGUCCAACUGGAGCAGCAGCGUCAGCGUGAACGGAACGCACUACUCGACUCCCAGCUGGAUGCGGCCAAUGCGGAGCGCAAGCAAAUCGAUGCCCAACUCGCUGUGGCCAAAGAGGAGAUCUCACAGCGGGCCAUUGAGAUCAGUAGGCUGAGCACACUGCUGGAGAAUGCACGCUCCAAAAUUGAGGAGCUCGAGGCCGAUUUGGCGCGCGGUGAUAAGACCGAUCUGAGCGAUGUGCUCGACGCGUCGCGACGCGAAAAGGAUGCGCUCGAGGAGCGACUGGCCGAGCUGCAGGACCAAUGGUCGCGCAGCCAGGCCGAGUUGCGGCGUCUGCGCGAACAAGUCGCCGGCCUGAGCGAGGAAUGCAAGGUGGCCAAAAACAAUGCGAAAUGCGCCGUCUCCCAUCUCGAGUAUCGGCUGGAGCAGCUGCAAUGCGACAAAGACAAAUUGGCCGGCGAUUGCCAGACGCUGGAGGAGCGUGUCGCCGAGCUGCAGGUGCAGUGCAAAUGUCAUCAAGAGGACAAGGCUCAGCUACAACAGUUGCUCAGCGAGACGCAGCGACAUUUGAGCGAUGUGCAGCUGCAGCUAAGCGAUAGCGAAUCCCGCCUGGACACAGAGACACAGCGACGGCAACGGGACGCCGACGAGUGGCAACAGUUUCAGGCGGAUCUGCUGAUGACGGUGCGUGUGGCCAACGAUUUCAAGACUGAGGCGCUCAGCGCACGCGAGCAGCUCGUGCUCGAUAACAAAUUACAAAAGGACAAGAUUCGGCUGCUCGAACAGCAGCUGGACAAGUUAACCAAGCAGCAAUUGCAGCAGACGGAGACGCAGCAAUCGGUGCUAUCCACUGUGCAGCAGGAAAUAUGCUCGAGGCGCAGCAAGCUCAGCUUUAGUCGCCAGGAUUCGCGGCUCUCCGUCAAAACGCUCAUCGAGAGCAUUGAGAACAACAAGCCGCAGGGCAAAUCGGAUGAGACCGAAUCGCAUUACAGUUCCACGUCCAGCUUGAACAGCGGCACACCCGAAACGGGCAAUACGCCAAUUAUAUUGCCCGUAUCCGGUGACUGGCAUGAGAGCCUACGUUUGCCCGUGCUGCAGAGCAGCAAUCUUCAUGUGAACGUUAACAAUGCAACAGCAGCAGCAGCAUCAACAACUAUAACAACAUCCGCAACAACAUCAACAGCAGCUAACACUACCAAAGCAAUACAACAACAGCAGCAGCAACAUCAGCAACUGCAGCUGCAGCAACAAUUGUCGCAACAGUCAACGACAAGUGCAACAUCAACGCCGCCCUCCACACCAAACACGCCCAGCAGCUUGCAACAGCAGCAACCCAGCCUAUCAACGCCGUCGACACAGACGCCCAACAGCAGCGCCCUGGUGACCAGUCUCAGUUUUGGCAACGUCUCAAAAUCCUACAGCGGUGAACGCAAAGAUCCGCUCAAUAUGCUGGCCAAGAAUGGUGGCUCCAAGCGUAAUGCGCUGCUCAAGUGGUGCCAAAAUAAGACAGUUGGCUAUCGCAACAUUGACAUCACGAACUUUAGCUCGUCGUGGAACGAUGGGCUGGCCUUCUGUGCCAUUUUACAUUCCUAUCUGCCGGAUUGCAUACCAUACGACACCCUCAGUCCGGCCAACAAGUGGCGAAAUUUUUCACUCGCCUUUGCAGCUGCCGAAUCCGUUGGUAUUAAUACCACCCUGAACAUCAAUGAUAUGUGUCAAAUUGAGAGACCCGAUUGGACGCAGGUGAUGUCCUACGUAACCGCUAUCUACAAGUACUUUGAGACGUAAAUCGCAUCGCAUCGCAUCGUAUCGCACAUUGGAGAACUGAAUCCUGAAUCUGGAGCGGAUAUGCUGCGCAACACCUUUUGUAUAUGUAUUAUCUCUUCCGCCCUAUAAGCAAUCCCCCCCCCCCCCCCCCCCACACCCCAUCAAAUCCACAUACAAUUGAAUGUUUCGGUGGCGAACUGUAUUUAUUACCAAAUUAAUAUUAACACAUGCGGCGCCCAGCAAUAAUUUGGCACAAGUCUUAGCCUAAACAAAGAAAAAACAAGUUUGCUUUUUAUUUUAUUUAUUUUUGUUUUUUUUUUGUGCAACUACUCAUAAAUAUUAGUUAUAGUGUGUAUUGUCAGGUUUUUAGAGUUGAGGCAGAUUUCAAAAAUGUUUGUCAAAUUUAAACGCUGAUUUCAGAGUUUAUUUUAUAUAAUUAUAAAUAUACGUAUAAAUUUAUAUAUAUAUAUACAUGAAUGUUGGGCAACUGGGGAAACCGAGUGACCGAUUAGCUAUAGCAUAUUUAUUAUAAAACAAAAAAUCCACAAAAAACAUGAUUAUCAUUACUUUUAACUUUACGAACAACAAAAUGUAAUUUUUAUAUUCAAUUCAAAAAAAAAUACCAUAAGCAAAAUAAAUGGAAACUUAAAAAC